CGAAACCGGUCGCUUGUAACUUUGUUAAAAUGCCUCGGUAUCCUCGAAUUAUUUUGAUAGCAAAAGUCGUAAAAAACGUAAACAAUAUACUUAAUUAAGACUUUAUAAACAGUUUUUGGCGCACGCUCGAAACUUAGUGAGAUUCAAACCGUAAUACUUCUAAUAAAAAUACCUACAUAAUAAUUAUAUGCAAUGAAAUCAUUCACAGCCUGGGUCGGUGCUUAUUUUACAGAUCCCAAUUACCCUUCCAUGGGAUUAUCCAUAGUAUAUUUGAAGGUUAUUCGUCUAUGGGAGCUGAAGAAAGUCGAUUACAUCCUACCAUUUUGGCUGUGUAUCGCUUUCGUAAGCCAGAUCGCGUACAUUCUCGUUACUAAUCGCAGACUUCAUUUUAUCAUAAACAUGUUUCAAACGGGAUUUUUCCAUUUGGGGCUCGCUAAGAUAGCACUUUACUAUUAUAACUUGCCAAAGUGGAUGGAAACAUUUAACUGGCUAUCGGAAAUGGAGAUUAGGCAACAAAACGAUGAACAUUUGAAGCCCAUUGUAGACAGAUAUACUAAGUACGGCAAUAGUGUCUCGUGGGCAUAUCUCAUUUUGUCCUACUCUACAUGGGUAUUUAAUUAUGGAGAAAAUUUAUUGAUGGUCAUUAUACAAAUGGAGACAUCACACGAAAUAGAUCCGACUUACAUAACAUUUUUUUGGCUCUGGCCAACAGAACCUUUGAAGGGAAGGUGGAAUGUUUACCCGUACAUAAUACUGCAGUUUUUCUAUGCUUUUUUCACGGUAACAUAUUUGCUUGCUUUCAACGUCCUGUGUGUAUCGACAAUGAUAGCCAUGGCCGGACAGAUAGAAGUAUUAAGCGAGAUGUUUCGACGAGCGCUGGACACGGAUAGUGAAGAGGCGCAGUAUCGUAAUUUAAUUACCUGUUACAAACGAUACGCCGACAUACUUUUUAUGCAGAAAAAUCUGAACAAAAUAAUGUCAUCAAUUCUGUUUAUGUAUCUGCUGGUGGCCUCUAUAAAUUUGAGCCUCGUUUUAUUCAGUUUACAAAACCUUAAAAAGUCAUCCAAGCUGGCGUCGGAAGAGCUAGUUCUAAACUUAACAGUGGAAGUUUUCUAUUUCUAUUGGCAUGGACACCAAGUUAUGCACCAGAGCCAGUGUGUUAGCGCGGCGGUGUAUGACUCUGACUGGGUGGAUAAGAGUCCUGAAAUUCGCCGACUUGUCUACAUCAUGUCCUCCACGGUCAACAGGAAACUUGUUUAUAACGCUGGCCCUUUUAAUGAAGUUAAUGUCACGACUUUUAUCCAGAUUUUGAAAGUCGCAAUAAGCUUUUACAAAUUAAUGUGUACUACGACCGUGUCAAGAUCUUAAUUCGGUGUAAUAAGUUCCUGUCGUUGAAGGAUUUGAAUUAAGCUUCACAGAUAUUAUUCUUCGCACUCUGAGCUCAAGUGUUGAUAUUAUUAUGUAAAAUAAAAGAUAAAUGCCUGAUUCAGUUUCUACCACGCUUAAAAAUAUAGUGUACUUAUAAGCUUAAUAAAAGGUACUUCCUUCAUGU